UGGUUUUUCUCUGCUUGACUCCAUUUUAGUUCACUGUUCGCGCUCUCUCUUACUCUCUGGUUUCGGAUAUUCUCGGGGAAGAGGAAAGGCAGAGAUAUCCAAGAAACUGGAAGUCUGUGCGGCUUCUUCAGCGCUUCUCUUCGGUAGUAAAGGACUACGGGUUGCUGCUCCGUUGAAGAGAAGCUGGGUCCUUUUGCGAUAAUGCUGUUAGUGUAAACAAACACAGAACUGGAAGGCGAUGGAAGGUCAAUACUUUGCUCCGCUUAAUCACACAGUUCACCUCGAAGUGACCUCCAAGCCAUUUCGUCCUCAAUCUCACCGUCCGGCUAUGCCUGCCUUCGCCGGAGCCAACACCAUCCGCUUCUUCUGCGACGAUAUCGACGCAACAGAUUCGGACUCCGAUUCCGAAGACUGUUCCUUCGAUCGACGCCGAGUGAAGCGCUAUGUACAAGAGAUAAGAUUGGAGGAACGGCAAGGGAGGGCUGCUGGUGAAGGUAAAACUGUCAAGGUUAGCGCCGGCAAAAGAAAUAAGAAGGGAAUAGCUUUGUCGGAAAAGCAGCAGCCCAUCACCGGCGUUCCGAGGUUUCGUGGCGUCCGUCGGCGGCCGUGGGGCAAAUUCGCUGCCGAGAUACGCGACCCAACCCGUCGGGUUCGAGUCUGGCUCGGCACUUACGACACUGCUGAGGAAGCUGCCAAGGUCUACGACUCAGCCGCUAUCCAGCUCCGCGGUCCUGACGCUGCCACAAAUUUCUCCACCGCUCCGGCGGCGGAGGCACCGCGUCAGGCUCCGGCAAGAAACAUUUCCACGACAGACCUCUCCGUCUCCGGCGGGUACGAGUCCAGCGAGGACUCCCACAAUAUUUGCUCUCCCACCUCCGUCCUCCGUGGAUUCUCUUCUUCUACUGCAGUCAAAGACGAACCGGAUAAGCCCUCUUCCAGCGGCUCCAUCAUUACGCCGGAAGAUCUCACCGCCGAGCUCAAUGUCUUCGACGAAAUGCCUCUUUACAGCGACUUUCUGGAUCUGAGCGCCACCGAGCCGAGUUUUUUCGACGACCCAAUGGGUCAGUUCGGGUAUUUUGCGGAGGAAUCAGUGAUACCCAACACUUGUUUUGACCUUCAAUCAUCUACUUGUGAACAUGGCGACGAUUUCUUUGAAGAUAUCGCCGAUUUGUUCCCUCUCGACCCACUCCCUGCCGUUACUAUCUUCUAAGCUUAAAAAAAUCGGCGGCACCAGCUCGCCGGACGCCGAUUCGGCCGAUUUUGUAGCGGAGUAGAGGAACUCAAAAUUAGCGGCUUUCUUUUUUUAAGAAAAUUUAUUUGUUUUUAUUUGAUGUAUUUCCCUAUCCUCCUGCUGAAUUACCUCCGUCAAGUAACGGUGACG